UAGUCAAGGUGAAAAAGUCGACGGAUGACAUAGCUGCAUCUUCCUUAGCUUGAAGGUCAAUAUAAGUUCUUAUUAUGUCCAUAUAUGCUUGUCAAAAGGAGAAGAUGAAGUUUUUGAUCCUAUGCUUUGUUCUGCUCUUCUUAGUCCAAGUUGGCUAUGCAAAAGGAUCUGAGAAGCAAUCGCCUAAACUUAGCAAACACUUUGUGCUAGUACAUGGUUCAUGUCAUGGAGCCUGGUCUUGGUACAAGUUAAUGGCCUUAAUAAGAUCUUCAGGACACAAUGUAACAGCUAUUGACUUGGCUGCUUCUGGGAUUAAUAAUCAACAGCCACUUGAUGUUCCAUCUAUUUCUCAGUACUUUAAGCCACUGAUGAACUUCAUGACUUCUCUUCCUCCCAAUAAGAAGGUGGUCAUUGUUGGUCAUAGUCUUGGUGGACUCGCUAUUGCUCGGGCCAUGGAAACCUUUCCAGAAAAGAUCUCUGCUUCUGUUUUUAUCUCCGCCGUGAUGCCUGGACCAACGCUCAACGUUUCAACACUCAUGAAAGUGUUGCUCAGGCAACAAAAUCCGCAGCUUGAUAAUCGUUAUACGUAUGAUAAUGGACCUAAUAAUCCUCCAACUACAUUCAACUUUGGCCAAAAGUACCUAGCGGACUAUGUCUACCACCUUAGCCCUGUAGAGGAUUUGGCACUGGCAAUCACAUUAGUGAGACCAAUGUAUUUGUACACUGAUGAAGACAUGUCAAAGGAGCUAAUCUUGUCACAGAAGAAUUAUGGAUCGGUUAGUCGAGUCUUUAUCAUAUCUAAUGAAGAUAAAGUAGUACCAAGGGAACUUCAAGAAUGGAUGAUUGAAGGAAAUUCCCCUGAUCAAGUGGAAGUGAUUGAAAGAUCUGAUCACAUGGCCAUGAUGUCAAAACCUGUUGAGCUUUUUGUUCAUCUUAUGCACAUUGCUAAGAAAUACUACUAG